CGGGGAGCGCCGGCUCCCCGCGGGCGGCCGCCCUUGGGCGGGGGCGGCGUGGCGAGCCGGGCCCGGCGCCGCUCCGCGCCCGGCGGCGGCGGCGGCUCCUCAGUGCGCAGGCACGGCGCGGGAGCGAGCGGCGCUCCGGGCCGUACAUAAUACGUGGUGUCUGGGGCCGGCGCGGCGCAGAGCGGAGAUGGGGCCGGGCCGGGACAGCCGCAGCUAGCGCCGCCAGCGCGGGGCUCGCCGGCCGAGGGCAGCGCCGGGAGGGACAGGUAGGAAGGAUGAGCUCCUAUGCUGACAUCUGCGGGUCCAAGCACACGCAGGGCAGCACCGAGGGAGGGUACCAACGCUACGGAGUUCGGUCCUACCUGCAUCAGUUUUAUGAGGACUGUACAGCUUCAAUUUGGGAGUAUGAGGAUGAUUUUCAGAUCCAGAGAUCGCCGAGCAGGUGGAGCUCUGUAUUCUGGAAGGUCGGACUCAUCUCUGGGACGGCUUUUAUGCUGAUAGGUGUAGCUGUUCUUGUAGUGGGUUUCCUUGUGCCACCGAAAAUCGAAGCCCUUGGGAAGGAUGAUUUUGUUGUUGUGGAUGCCCGUGCUGUUCAGUUCAAUGGGUCCCUCGAUAUAUGCAAGCUGGCAGGAGCAAUCUUGUUUUGUGUUGGAGGGUCCACUGUGGCAGCGUGUCUGCUGAUGUCUGCUUUUGCUAAAAGUUACUCCAAAGAAGAGAAGUACCUCCAGCAAAGAUUUAAAGAGAGAAUAGCUGAUAUAAAAGCCCAUGCAAACCCAGUCACAAAAGCGCCAGCACCAGGAGAAUCAAAGAUACCUGUCACUUUGUCCAGAGUUCAAAAUGUCCAGCCUUUAUCUGAAACCUGACCCUUCACUUAGGUUUUGUUUCUCUUGUAGAUCACUUUAAGUGGAAAAUAUCAACCCUUGUUGGCAUCUGUGCUAGUCAAGUAAAACAUUGAGUGCUCUGCUAUAUUAACAUGCAGCUAAUGGGGGAGCUGCUCUGGUAAAAAUUUAGGAUUGGGGAAAAGAAAAUUAUGUGAUUAGACCUGUGACUAGUAUAUUCAGUACAUUUGAACCUUUUAAUAUGUGUGGGUACAGUAAGUUCUUGCAACAAUUAUUAGGUGUUUAGCUUAUCAGAUUGCAUCCCUGGGAAACCUAAGGUGCACUUAUUAAAGCUAUACCAGGAGCACUCUACAUCCCACUAUUUAAAGUUUAGAUCAAUUUGCUAUUUUUUCAAUUUCAUUAAUUCAUUUAAUUUUUAUGGGUUUUUGCCUUUAAAAUACUGUUCAGUCUUACAUUCCCCACCUGGUUCUGCUGUCUGGGAAGCCAAAAUUCUGCCCUUGUAAUUUGCACUUGUCCUCCUGUCACAUGCUACAGUCUGUAUCAAAGUAAUACUGCACAGGUGAAACAUACAUGUCAGGCAGAGCCCUUAAUUUGAUCCUGUCACUUCCCAGCAAUGUAACUUCCUGGGAAAGGCAAGUUAUACUUGAUCCCGAGUUACAACUAACCUGUGCUAAAGUGCCACUUCUGUCUUAGUCAUUGCCGUGUUAGCAAAAUCUACAAACAAAAUUAAAAUAAGGAAUUCCUGUGGGAGGAGGAACAUCAUACUUGUGUGUCUUUGCUUUGAUAUUGUU